AUGAACCAAAAUCUCAACUUUACCUUUUCAACUUCAUUUACCGUGACCCUGCUCUGGAUCUUGACUACCAAGGCGCAGAGCUAUACCAUCGAGCGAACUAUCAGAAAAACAUUUCUAGAGAAGAUGGCUGCAACAACUUUUAUGAAUAUGACCGGUGACUCCGAGUCCAGCUUAAGUGCAUACCAGCGCCAGCAAACUCUCCCAGAAACUUUACGCUUUCGCCCAUUGCCUGCUCCUCUAGCAGAGGAAACAACUACCCCAUUCGCUACCCUCCAAAUUCCGGAUCAGCCCGUGCCUUGCCGACGGUGUCUCCAGGACAGUCGAGUUGGCGAUGAGAUGCUACUAUUGUCAUACAACCCCUUCCUCGGCAAGAGUCCUUAUCAAUGCGCCUCGCCCAUCUACGUUCACUCCAAGCCGGCGUGCGCGGACGCGGCUGUGCAAUUGUCGGGUGGACCAAUUCCCGAACAGCUGAGCAAACGACUCUUGUCCAUUCGCGCCUACGACAGUAAGCAUAUGAUGCGUGGCAACGAAGUCGUGGACGGAAAUCAGUUGCUGGAGGCUUGCCAGCGGCUGUUGGGCGAUGACGCUUCAGCCGAGUAUUGUCAUGUGCACUUUGGUGGACCAGGGUGCUUUGCUGUCCGGAUCGAGAAAGUGUCUCAGCCUAGCUAG